AUGGACGCAGCACUCAUGGUGUCCGUCUCUCUGCUUGGACUGGCUCUUAUCCUGCUCUCCUUCCCUGAGCAUGCUUCACUGAACAAAGUGUUUGACAACACCUCAGGUAGGAUUUCUGGAACUGUGUAUCCAGGAUCUGUGUUUGUGAAGCAAGCUCUUCAGAGGGCGAUUGAGCUGACUGAUGCUGCUUACGCUCGCACCAGUGAAAGAGUGAAGAAGUCUCUGUCUGAAGGCGCUCUGAGACCCAGUGACCUGCUGGCUCAGUUUAAACAGACUGAAGCCAGAACCAGGACUCAGAUCCGAGCUGCAGAGCUGCUGGACAACACAGUAGAGCUGAUCAGAGAGAUGGUCUACACUCAUACUAUGGUGCAGCCCGACCCGCAGGAGAUGCUGAGUGACAGAGACGUGGAGAAUCUGCUGCAGGUGACUGGCUGCUCCGCUGAGCUGCAGAGACCCAGCUGUGACUCCGACUGUCUGUCUGAGCGCUACAGAUCCAUCACAGGAGAGUGCAACAACAGACAGAAUCCCAAAUGGGGGGCUGCAAACAUCCCUUAUUCCCGCUGGCUGCCUGCAGAGUAUGAGGAUGUGUGGGGGAUGCCCAGAGGCUGGGACUCAGAGCACACCUACCAUAACGCCACCCUGCCUCCAGUGCGGCUGGUGUCUCAGGAAGUGCUGUUCACUCACAAUGAAAACAUCUCUCUGGACUCCGCCCUGUCCCACCUGCUGGUGGAGUGGGGUCAGUGGAUAGACCACGACGUGGUGCUGACGCCUCAGAGCCCGAGUACAGCCGCCUUCAGCACAGGAGCUGACUGUACACGCACCUGCAGCCGGGACACGCCCUGCUUCCCCAUACAGAUCCCUCUCUCAGAUCCUCGCAAUGGGGUCCAGAGUUGUAUGCCUUUCUUCCGCUCUGCUCCCAGCUGUGUCCCGUCUCAUCGCCACCGAGAGCAGCUCAACGCCAUCACCUCCUUCGUAGAUGCCAGCAUGGUGUACGGCAGCUCCACCAGUCUGGCCUCGGCUCUGAGAAACCGCUCCUCUCCUCUGGGCUUAAUGACCCUCAACUCCAAGCACUCGGACCAGGAGCUGGCCUACAUGCCAUUCCUGCCACGCCUGCAGGCUCACCUGGACCCCUGCGGCCCCCGAAACUCCUCCACCUCAGGGGCAUCGGACAGAUCCAGGCUCCAGGAGAACACCACAUCCUGCUUUCAAGCUGGUGAUUCAAGAGCUAAUGAACAUCUGGGAAUGAUCGCGCUGCACACGCUCUUUCUGAGAGAGCACAAUCGGCUGGUCAAAGAGCUGCACCUGCUCAACCUUCACUGGAGCCCUGAUACACUCUACCAGGAGGCCCGCAAGAUCAUGGGAGCCAUUCAUCAGAUACUCACAUGGGAGCACUACCUGCCGCGGGUCCUCGGUGAGAGUGCCAUGUCUCUUCUGAUGCCUGCCUAUCAGGGUUACGAUCCCGAGGUGGAUCCCUGCAUCGCUAACGUCUUUGCAGCUGCCGCAUUCCGCUUUGCCCACGUCACCGUGCAGCCAGUGGUGACCAGGCUCGGACCGGGAUACACCGUUAACUCCCAGCAUCCCCCGCUGCCUCUGCAUCAUUCACUGUUUGCCUCUUGGAGGAUCGUGCAGGAAGGUGGUAUAGAUCCUGUGCUGCGUGGUCUGCUGCUGUCUCCAGCCAAGCUGCAGACUCCCGGUCAGAUGAUGGUGGAGGAGCUUACAGAGAGGUUGUUUCAGGCACAGGGAGGGAUGCCUCUGGACCUUGGGGCCCUUAACCUCCAGAGGGGCCGGGAUCACGGCCUGCCUGGAUACGGCUCAUGGAGAAAGUCCUGCAGCCUCUCUGUUCCCAAUACUACGUCAGAACUGGCCGAAGUCCUGAGCAACUUCACUUUGGCUCACAAACUCCAGCUACUGUACGGGACGCCACACAACAUCGAUGUGUGGGUUGGGGCCAUCUCUGAGCCCGCUCUGCCCGGAGGUCGAGUCGGACCACUGCUGUCCUGCCUGCUGGCGAGACAGUUCAGAUCUCUGAGAGACGGGGACAGGUUUUGGUGGGAGAGGGAGGGAGUGUUCACCAGCACCCAGAGGAGACACCUCCACACCGCCUCUCUGUCCCGUAUCAUUUGUGACAACAGCCACAUCACUCACGUCCCCGUUGACCCGUUCUCACGCACCGAGAGGCCGGAGGAAAUGCUGGACUGUUCACACCCUCUCGUCCCCCACCUCGACCUCAGCCCGUGGAAAGAACCAGACGCAGAUCCCAGCUGUGGUCCGAUACCCAGGAUUCAAUCUGGCUACUCUCUGCUCUGUGACUCUGUGAUUCUGUAUCAGUGUCACUCUGGCUUCAGGCUGGUGGGAUCCUCGUCUGUCAGCUGUGAUCCAAACAGCCAGCAGUGGAGCCCUACACCCCCAACAUGUCAAGAUAUCGACGAAUGUGAGGAGCGACCUUCUCUCUGCCCACAACACCUGGAGUGUCUCAACAUCCCAGGUUCCUUUAUUUGCUCAGAUCCCUCCGCGCUGUCCGUCGCCUCUGUCGUCACUGCGGUGAUAGUCGUGAUUGGUAGCGUGGCCGCGCUGCUAAUUGUCAUGUUCUGCUAUCGGAGAUAUUUUCCCAAGAAAGAAGAGUUGGUCAAUGAUGGAUGUUGCCAGGGGAAACAUUAA